GAGAGAGGGAUCGACAUUGUGGUCGUUUCGCAAGCAUGACCAACUUCGCUAAAAAACAUUGCCGGACAAUUAAGCUUGAACGCCAGCCUUGGCAGCUGUCACCUACACACCCAUUUGAUGGACCCUGACACUCUGUCAACAAUCUCUGUGCAUGGAAUGCAUGAUACAUCCAGCUGUCCUGUGCCAUUGAGUUCAGCUCUCCCCAGGAUUUCCAACUGGUUUACUGCAAACCAUUCGUCAGUCUUUCACUGCCCAGCCCAAAUCGUAAUUGCAUCCCAGAUGGGCGGUUUACUACGUAAACUCCAAUGCAAGCACUUCCCUCCCCCUGAUCAUCAUCCAGCCAUCGCCAUUCGGUCCAGUGUUGUUCACCCAGAGCCGAGAUGCCAAGCACACCAUUAUGGGCCUCGGUCGCUGUUUAGGGAAGGAUGUGCACCCAUUCAGGUUCGACUGCCGUCCUUCUCUUACCGCAAAAGGACGACAGCACUCCGUAGUUAUGGAUCCAAUGUCCAAAGGGAAACGAACAAUGACAUCAAUUGGAUGAGAGGAGGGUCCUCCGUUCAGGGUCCAUGUCGCUCUUUUCCGACGCCCGGUUCUUCCCAAGCCACCUGAAUGAGGUAGAGUACGGAACGGCAUCCAGCAAGUUCCUUAGAUGGAGUCACG